AUGUCUAAAUGCUUCUAUUGUCUUGGCACUCAACAAUUAUUGAAACUUAAAUGUCAACAUUAUAUUUGUCAAGACUGUCUUGUUGAAAAUUUACAAAACUUGUCGAAAGGAACAGCAAUGGUUUGUUAUGGUUCCAAUAAGAAUGUAACUGGAAGUGAUGAAACUAAUUGUGGCGAAACCAUUUCAAUGAAUUGGGUCAAUCAAGCCAAUAUCGAUUAUGAUAAAAUUGAAGAGUUUGAUUCAGCAUUGAAUGAUAUUCAUUACAAGAUCAAGAGAGCAACUACUUGUAAUAAGUGUAAGAAUCACUUCAUUAGAAGAAACACCAGCGAUGUUAGAUUGAGUUGUGAUGUUUGCAAAUUUGACUUUUGUUUCAUUUGUGGCAAUCAAUGGAAGAAUGGUGAAGGAAUUUGUGGAAAUGGAUGUUCUAAUGAAGAUCCCUUGAUCACUGCCUUGACAACUAGAUCCUCUGUAACUGCCAAGAUUAAUCUAUCCAAUCAAGAAAUAGUUGUUCCUUUGGCAAGAUUAUGUGUUAAUUGUGGAAAUUAUUGUGAAAGACAAGCAUCAUCUGAUGGAAAGUUAGACAGGUGCAAGCAUACUCACUGUCCAAGAUGUAAUGCUGUUUUUUGUCAUGCUUGUUUGUCUCUUUACAAUACAAAUACUGGUAAAUGGCCGUUCAAGUGUAGUGGUACAGAAGCAACUGGAACAACUCAUGGUGCAUAUGUCAAGUGUUCAUUGCCUGUAGCUCCAACACAAACCAAAGAGGAUUUGCACGAAAUUGAAAAUAGAUUGUUAUUUCAAUAAGCAAUAAUCUGUUACAAAAACAAAUGUACAAUAUAUUCUGAAUAAAAUAUUUAUUGAU